UUACUUUAGGGCUCACUGUAGUUUAAAUAACUUUUUAUCUGAUGGAAUUGCAUAGAUUACUUUUGAUUUUAUUACCAUCAAACUUGGCAAAAUAUUUAAUCUAACAGUUAAAUGACCAGGCUUUGUGCUAGCUAAGUAUCUCUGACAAGCUACAAUUAUGUGGCAAUAGGAAGCCAUAGAUGUUUAUUGAACAACUGGAACGACAUGCAUCGGCUUAAAUUUAACACUGAAGGAAUACGGCCCAAGGGGACAUUGCGCGCGCUGUUCUGCCGCUCUAGAGCUCGGGAGUGGCACCGCUGUCGCUCGAGGGAGGGAGCGAGGCGCGGGACACUUCCUGCCUCGCGCUCAGUUUCUAGAGCGGAACGGAAUGGCAGAGAAGAGCGUCGACUCCAGCGGCUCCGGCUGUUGGAGAGGUCCCGGGCAUUCUCCCGGAGAGGGGGCGCCUGGUGCCAGCUCAUCUAAAUGGGUCCGCUUGAACGUCGGCGGCACCUAUUUCCUGACCACACGGCAGACACUGUGCCGCGAGCCGAAGUCUUUCUUAUACCGACUGUGCCAGGCCGACCCCGACCUCGACUCCGAUAAGGAUGAAACGGGUGCCUAUUUGAUAGACAGAGACCCCACCUACUUCGGUCCGGUGCUGAACUACCUGAGGCACGGUAAACUGGUCCUGAACAAAGACCUCACUGAAGAAGGUCAGUCUCUGAGUUUAAAUCCUCCCCCAAUUAAAAUACUUUUUGAUAUCUACAUCCACAGAGCUUGCAGAACUCUCCAGGUUCCGAUGAAGCACGUCUACAGAGUGCUGCAGUGCCAGGAAGAGGAGCUGACGCAGAUGGUGUCCACCAUGUCCGACGGCUGGAGAUUUGAGCAGCUUAUCAGCAUCGGGUCCUCCUAUAACUACGGGAACGAAGACCAGGCGGAGUUUCUGUGCGUCGUUUCCAAGGAGCUGCACAACCAAUCAUACGGCAGCAGCAGCAGCAGCGAGCCCUCGGAGAAGGCCAAGAUUCUUCAGGAAAGAGGGUCUCGAAUGUGAAGGACCAGCGUCGAAACCCUGCGAGGUGCGGGGUGGGCCGGCACGAGCCGCGUCACCCGCGAACCACCGAGGGCGGAACGCGUCGCCCAGGAAACCACCGGGAGGCCGCACUUCCUGCCCCCCGCCCCCACCUUAACCUUACUGCACACAGCCAGCCAAUCAGGUGACUGCUCUCAUGCCUGCGAAUUAAAACUGGACUGGAAUCUUUUAAUGUGGGUGUGGGUGGGUGUGCGGGAAAAAACGACAGUUUCUUUUCUUUUCUUUCUCAACGGUUGGAGAUGGUGUACGUGGUUUCUAAGUACGCUGAACAGAGCUGGAGACUCGGUCAUAACUGACCGGUAGUUUACUCAGGGUCUCCUGCUCUUUGAGUUUUGUAGUGUGUUCACACCUUUCUAAGUCCUGAAAGGUAUUUAAGAAAAACUUUGCAAAUACAUAUUUAUCUUGUGACAGGCAGAGACUUCAGAUAGUCAAACGGUGUCAGCAGUCAAAAUGGGUAAGACUAGAGGGUAUUUGAAGGUAAAUAACAGACCGAAACUCGGAUUCUGAGGUUUGGGUGGCAGGGUAAGAGCUGAGGGUGGAAAACUACCGACUCUGAGGAGGGCGUGUUCCUGCAUGUUAAAUUGUCUGCCAUAAAAGAUGAGAAAUGACACACUUCCUUCAUGUCUGAAUAUCAUCUCUCUCCUUAUAGCACAGAAGGAAAUGCUGACCUAUUUUUCUAAAGUUACCCUUCUGUUUUGGAAGAGUAGUGUUCUUUUCUGUCUGUGGAAUUGGACUCCACAGGGAUUUGACUCUAUCUUGGUGUUUAUGAUAUAGAGACAAAUGGCAAAGAACAAAGCAGUUCCUGUUGUUUGAUAGUUCGAUAGGUUUCAUAUACAGAAAAGCAUGCUGAAUUCAACAGGUUUCUGUUCUGUGACUAGUUUAUACACAGGUUAUUAUAUAUGGACAUUUAAUAAUCACGACAGGCCUUGUACUUCUUUGGGGUUGACCUUUGAUAUAAUUUUGACAACCUCGUUUGAAAAGGAUGCAAUGACAUGAUCUUUAUUUGGGAAAGACUGACUUGAAGACUGGUGUUACUGUCUUUUUUCAUGUUGAGUGAAAUCCUUUCCUGUUUUACAAGACUGCACAUGCAGUCAGAGGUUUUGUUUGUGUCUGUAUGUGUGUGUGUCUGUGUGUCUGUAUGUGUGGUUUGUGUGCAUGCGUGUGUUUUUGUGUGUGUGUGUGUAUAUGUUACAUACACAGUUCAAAUCACCGCAUUGUGCAAGACUUCUGGAUAAUACUGGUUGACCUUGAACAGAGUACAGCCUGACACUGUUAUACCACUGAGCGUAGAUAUUUUAACGAUGCAUUUUUUAAAAAAUAAACGUCAAGACGACUCGUUGCUGUGGCCAACCCAUAUAUGCGAUUCGGUAUGAAUCCAGUAUGUUUUGCUUUAUUGAUAUUUUAUUUAAAAGAAGAAAAAAAAAAACAAGACAUGUAAUAGUGUUGCCUUAGUCCAAUGACCAAAUCAAUGCCUAACUUGUGACAAAAAAAAAGAAGAAGAUUAUUUAGGGUCAGGGAUUAUUGGAACACUUUGAAACUAUUUACAUAUCUACACAGCUUUUUGAUAUGAGUAUGUAAAUGAUUGGUGUCAAAGUGUAUUUGGUGCACACAUUUGGGUAUGUACGUGCAUGCGAUUUAGUUUCUUAACACAAACACAAGGGCUGUUAAUUGUUGAGCAAAAAAAAAAAAAGUCAUUUCAGGAGAGCAAAAUUGCUUAAUUGCCAGACCAAGGCAUUGUUUACAUUCGGAGUUCUGAAGCCUUCCAGUAAACUCACACACCACUCCUUAGCUUGGCUUCCUGACACAUUCUAGAGCGUUUAAAAUGCUUCUCACUCAGCCGUUAGCCUUGUGUUCUUACGACGCCCGAAGGGGCGAUCGCUUUAUCUGCUGCCAUGUGGAGCUUGGCUUGCGACCCACGCCCCCAUGAACCGGCGUCCCGCAGCGGUCUGCUCGGCUCCUAUUGGCCAGUGACGAAGGCUGCUCGGCUCCCAUUGGCCAGUGAUAAAGACCGGCCAAUCCGUAGCCGGUGCCCGGGAAGGGACCACCCACCACAUUGGGGCACAUUGGAGAAGGCACAUCCACCGCGUAGCAAUACGCUGGAGAGAGAGAGAGAGAGGCGGUGGGUGGCGGCGGCGGCAGCGGCUGAUUGGUCGAUCUGGUCUCUGUGUUCGUGUCACUGCAGUGGUGUUCUCUGGCGUUUCGACCGCAGCGUUUACGGUGCUAGUCUACCUCCCGCUCUUCCUGCACAGCGCGGCCUCGCUGAGCUCCACUGUGCCGUGUUUCGGAACACAUCCGCUAGCCGAGGUUAGCCUUUUAUUUAAAAUCAGCCUCUGAUGUAGCAGAAAGAUUGAACAUCUGCCCCUUCACCACAGGCGUUUGUCCUCCUUAAGUGUUGUUCCAGACUUGACUUUUACCUUUAUGAAUCUGCAAAAUGUAUUUUUUAAGAACAAACUUGAGGUUUGUUUGUUUUUUAUUAUUAUAUUUUAUUUUCUGCACCAGUGUAUUGCUAUUGUUGUGAUUCUAAUAUCCUCUGAAAUGUUUUGUAUUUGUAUAUUUAAAUUUGUUUAUGUGUAAAGUACAAGAUAUACAAUUUUAAGUGGGUACACUGAAUAAAAUGGAGAUACUGGUUUUAGUCAAAUAAACAUACUUUCAUUUAGAGAA